AUAGGGCAAGCAUUUCUAUAUUUUGUUCAGCCAGUCAACGCCUGGCCAUGCACCAGUACAAGCCAGCGAUUGAUGGCGUGGAGCUCUGGUCGCGUCGAGUUUUGCUGGCGCUUUACCAAGCGGCUCGCGGCCUGUCGCUGCUCUCCAGCUCGCUGGGUGUGGAGCGGGAGCAACUGCAGCUGAGGCCGCCGCGACAACAGUGCAACCGACUGUUGAUCAUACUCUGGCGCGCCAUCUUGGUUAGCAUCUACUGGAACAUGAUUCCGGGAAUCUUCAACUCAGUGAAAAUUAUAAAGACCUAUGCAGCUCUCAUUGUCCUGCUGCAGUCCAGCUCUGUGAGCCUCUUUGCCGUCGGCUCGUUCAUAAUGCAGGUGCGUGCCGAGUCCAGAUUUACGGCCGUAUUGAAUCAUUAUAUAUCACUCUAUGGACGCAUCUGUGUCCUCACCGGAGCCGAACAUCUCUUUACGCUCAAGUUCCCCAUUUUCUAUGCCCUGAAGCUGAUUCUGACGCUCUGCGGCUGUCUCUACGAGCUGCCACAGCUGCUACCACUGCGAUAUAUUCUGCACAUGGAUGUGGGUCACGUGAUCGGAGGCCUAAUUGCGAUUUAUUUGUGGCUAGGAACUAUUUUUCUGCUGGAUGCGUGCUUCCUUGGCUUCUUCGUAUCCGGCGUACUCUAUGAGCACAUGGGCUCACAUAUUGCGAUCAUGCUGCAGCAGAUGCGUUCCAUUGAUAUGGACGAUCAGGUACAGUCAUCCGAUGAUGAAUCCGAACCGAAUCUCAAUACAUAUGAGAAUGUGAGUCCGAUGCCGUGGCGGCUGAGUCACUAUAGACGUAUGUGCUUACUGUGUGAUCGAGCCGACGAACUGGACGCCUGUGGCAUAAUCUAUAGUGAACUUUAUAGAGUAACUCUCUCGUUUCGCGACAUUUUCCAGUGGCAAAUCCUAUUUUACAUAUACUACAAUCUGAUUGUUUUGCUAAUAAUGCUUUACGAGUAUAUAGUUAACUAUUUGGAGGGCACCCAGGGUGAAAUGGUGCCCGUGGUAAUGACCUGCAUUAAGAUGGCCAACAUUGUGCUGUUGAUCAUGUGCGCGGAUUACAUGAUCAAAAAAUCGACGAUGCCACAGAUAUUGCCCUUGGACAUCGUGUGCACCGACAUGGAUCAGCGGUGGGACAAAAGCGUGGAAUCGUUUUUAAAUCAGCUGCGAGCACAACAACUGGAAGUAAAAGUCGUGGGCAUCCUUCAGCUUGAUAACAGAUUCAUACCAACAAUAUUAUCGGCCAUUGUAACAUAUCUUUUUAUAUUAAUACAAUUUGCUUUCACGGGCGGCUUUGAUGUAGCUGAAGAGAUCGCCAGAUUGAACAUAACAAUUUGA